AUGGAAAGGGCGCUACGGACCGUAGCGUACGUGAUUCGCUUCGUGGCGAACAGCCGUCGCCGCAUCAAGAAGGAAGGUACGGUGAUUGGGCCGCUGUCAAAAGAGGAACUGGCGGAAGUGGAACACGUGUUGAUCCGGACUAUACAGCGCAGAGCUUAUGGCCGGGAAAUCGCUAGUCUGCAAAAACGAUCGACGCAGAAACACCCGUGGCGAAAAGGGAUCGAUAAAAACAGCAGCAUCUACAAACUCUCACCUGUCCUGGACAACCAAGGGAUACUGAGAGUGGGGGGACGGUUGACAGCGUGCUCGGGCAUCAACGAAUCCUCCCGGAACCCGAUCAUUCUUCCCAGACAAGAUUAUGGGACCGACCUAAUAAUUCGGGAGUAUCACGAGCGAUACAAGCACGCAAAUCACUAUACGGUCUUGAGCGAACUGAGGACGCGGUACCACAUCUCGAAGCUACUGGGAGAGUAUCGACGUGUGAGGAAAAGCUGUCAGAGAUGCAGGGUGCACAACGCGAUGCCAGAACCACCGCUAAUGGGUAACCUACCGCAACAGCGUGUCGCAUUUGCUCAGCGUGCCUUCUCGUUCACAGGUAUCGAUUAUUUCGGCCCGUUCUUAGUGUCCGUCGGCCGCAGAGUCGAGAAACGGUGGGGAGUUUUACUUACCUGCCUCACGUCGAGAGCCAUCCAUGUCGAGAUAGCGGCAUCCCUCACCACAGCGUCAUGCAUACUGGCGAUUCGACGUUUCAUUGCACGACGCGGUAUGCCACUGGAGAUAUUCAGCGAUCGCGGUACAAACUUCGUCGGGGCCUCGCGAGAACUGAAGGAAGCGUUGGAGGAGGUUGACCACGACGCGUUGAUGACAGAAUUUUGUUGCCCGCGAAUGAAAUGGACGUUCAAUCCACCUGGCGCGCCUCACUUCGGCGGCUUCUGGGAGCGCAUGGUGCGCUCCGUGAAGAAGGUGUUGCACCAAUGUGUAUUCCCCAAACGCCCUACGGAUGAAGUACUCCUUUCAACCUUCACGGAAAUCGAGCUGGUCGUUAAUUCGAGACCACUUACCUACGUGCCAUUGGAAGAUGAAACGGCCGAGCCUUUAACGCCGAACCACCUGCUCCUCGGGAGCUCUGAUGGGAGCAAACCGCCAGCCGUUUACUGCGACAGUCCCGCAGCCUUGAGAUCAUCGUGGAGAGCAGCACAACAGGCAGCGGACUUAUUCUGGAAGAAAUGGGUUUCCGAAUACUUACCUACUCUUACUCGUCGGACUAAGUGGUUCGAACUGGUACGGCCAAUCUAG